CCAUACGUAGGAAACAGCAUCGACUCGCUUCUCCCAAGAGGUAAAAACUAAUUAGUGAUGACGGUAGAUCUGUAUUACACACCUUUAAGUUCGCCUUGCAGAGCUGUUCUAUUGACUGCGGAGGCCAUUGGUCUUUCCUUAAACUUGAAAGAAAUCGAUUUAUUUUCCGGUGAACACCUGAAGCCAGAAUACGAACAGCUGAAUCCGCAGAAAACCGUGCCGUUUCUUUUAGAUGGCGAUUACAGGCUGACAGAGAGCCGAGCCAUCAUGUCCUACUUGGCCGAUCAAUAUGGCAAAAAUGUUCGGCUAAAUCCGCAAACACCGAUUGGUCGAGCCUUGGUCAAUCAGCGGUUGCAUUUUGAUAUUGGCACACUGUAUAGAGGCAUGAAAGAUUAUUACUACCCAGUGGUGUUUGGAAAUGCGACAGAAUACAACGAGGAGCGUUACAAAUCUCUUCAAGGUGCGUUUGAAGUGCUGGACAAGUUUCUCGAUGGACAGGAUUACGCUGCUGGACGCAAUUUGACCAUCGCUGAUCUCGCCUUGGUGGCAACUGUGUCCACGUCAGAGAUGUUCGGUUUUGAAGUGGAGAAUUACGCGAACGUGGCUAAGUGGAUGGAUAGAAUAAAGUCAUGCGCACCUGGAUACCGGAAGGCUAAUGUAGAAUGUCUGCAGAUGCUGAAGAAAUUCGUGGAAGAUAAGAACAAGGAGUAA